GCGCUCGAAGGCAUAGUGUGAAGGGGCCUAUCGCGAGAAUUGCUUGGUCGUCUGAUCAAAUCAGUCCCAUUUGGUUGCUUGUCGCGAAUCAAUCGCUUUUUUGAGCUCUCUAUCUUUUUGCCAAUUUACUACGAGUUGUUGCGGUUGGUGGUUGACAUGACUCUCUAAAUUCAUUAACGCCACACAGGAAACUUUUGUUGUGGAUUCCCUAUCGCAGGUUGAUCACAAAAGUUAGUUGAUGAAUCAGUUUUGUCACGGUGCUCAACAGUGAAGGGUGGCAAGCAAAAAGUUUAUGCGCGGAUCUCACUUCAAGAAAAAAAAAAACGUGCUGCUAUAAAGAAAAUUCAAAGCGAGUAAAAGCUUUUCAAUGGGUGUGGAAACGUGUGAUGGUGAAAAAAAAUUUUUGCCAAAUGGUGAUAAAAAUUCAUCGCAUAAUGAGCCACGAGAUUGGAGAUCAUCGAGCAAGAGGCAGAUUUUUGCGAGUUUUGUCGCAAAUCUCACAGUUCUGUCCUCAGGGAUGGGAUUGGGGUAUCCUGCCACGACUCUGUCCCUCCUAACUGAUCCUACGAGUGUGGUGGCCUUAACAGAAGAUCAAGGCUCAUGGGUGGCGUCUAUUAAUACAAUCUUCAGCCCCGUAGGAGGUCUCAUUGCCAGCUACACAUUGGACAAAUUUGGGCGCAAGAAAACUCUCAUCGCCAUCAACAUCCUCUCCAUCAUCUCCUGGGCCAUUGUGGCAUUCUCAAGCAGGAGUGACGCAAAUGUGAUGUAUAUGGAAAUUAUUGGGGCAAGAAUAAUUAUUGGGAUCGUGGCGGGGCUUUCUAGCUCUCCAUCCUCCGUUUAUUCAGCUGAGAUUGCAAAGCCUCGGCUUAGAGGACGUCUCACAGUCUUCACAUCAAUUUCAAUCUCAAGCGGUGUCCUUAUAAUUUACAUGUUGGGCUAUUUUAUCAAUAAUGACUGGAGAUUGGUGAGCGGUAUAGCUGGAAUGAUAAGUAUUGUGGCUCUUUUGUCGCUGUACUUUGUUCCUGAAUCUCCUCGGUGGCUUGUGAUGAAGAAUCGUGAUACUCAAGCUGAGAAAUCCCUAAAGCGUCUCAAUGGGAAGGAGUGCAACUGCAAGGAGGAACUUCAGCAGCUCACAGAGCAAAUUCAUGGAAAUAACGCAGGGGGCGGAAGGAGUCUCACGCGCUGGGAAAUGUUGCAACGUCCGGAAUUCUAUAAACCAGUCUUCAUAAUGAUGUGUUUCUUCACAUUCCAGCAACUCUCGGGGACUUUUGUCCUUGUUGUCUAUGCUGUGAAGUUCAGUGUGACUGCUGGUGUGACGCUGGAUCCCUUCCUCUUUACUGUUCUACUGGGAAUUGCUCGUGUUUUGGGAACAGCCAUUGUUGGGUUUCUUCUGGAUGUUCUUGGUCGGAGGCAACCGGCAAUUAUUGGGGGACUCGGUAUGGGUAUUAGCUUAUUCGGAGUUGUUCUGUGCAUGUGGAAUCCUUGCCCAGCUACCAAAUGGAUUGCUGCCUUCCUCAUUUUCUUCUACGUCUUCACCAGCACCGUUAGUUUCCUCGUGAUUCCCUUCGCAAUGAUUGCUGAAGUCUACCCACAGCGAAUGAGGGGAUUUGCAUCAGGGAUCACGGUGUCCUAUGCCUACGUCCUUUGCUUCCUCGCGAUAAAGAUCUACCCAACACUUGUUACUCUCAUUGGAAGUGACUACAUCUGCCUCAUGUAUGGCACAGUGGCCUUCCUGGGUGUUCUCUUUGUCUACAACUUCCUCCCGGAAACCAACAAAAAAUCCCUCCAAGAGAUCGAGGAGCUCUUCACGAAAAAAUAGAGCACAAAUUAAAUUCUUUUUUGUAUUUAUUACUUAACUAGAUGAUAUGUAAGUAAUUUAUAAUGUGAUAUAGGUAGUUUUUUUUGAGAAUUUACUUAAAAAGGAAUUCCAGAAAAUGUUUUCCAAAAAAAAAAAUAGUUUCAGCCAAAUAGAAAUCAAACUCAGAUUAAAUAUUUUUUUGAUCAAUUUAUAAAGAAUUUAAAUUUUUAAAAUAUUUCUUGCAUUUUUUAUUGCUUUUGUGAAAAGCUUUUAUGAGAAAUAAAUAUGAAAUGUUUAAGAAA